AUGAUCCAGGGCGCCUUGGAGCCUGAUGGCCUCGGCUGGGGCUGGGACGGGGAGGGUGACUGGGACAGCGCUGUCCUGACCCUGCUGGCGCUGGCUGUGGCGGCCGCCACCGCACUGGCCUUGCACUGGUUUGGCUCUGGGCAGGACCAGGAGGCAGCAGGACCCGCAUCCAAAGCCCCUGGGGCCCAGCCUUUGCAGGUGGGAGGAGCCAGGCCAGCCCUGCUCCUGAAGUCCAAGGUCAGUGGUGGCAUUGAGGGAAACAGCCCAGGGCAGGGGAAGCCAGACCCUCCGGGACAUGGCCAGGGGAGUCCGGCUGCAGCAGGAGCCCAGGAUCCGAAGCUCUGGGGAGGUGGACGUCUGGCUGCCACAGCUCUACCUCCACUCAAGACACCUGGUGAGGUGACCACUGGAGGGGCCUUGGGACAGCAGAAAAGUAAUGCCAGUCCAGAAGCCCCCCGAGGUAAAGGAAGGGAGGCUCUCAGGCCAGGUACUGCCCUCGUGGGUAGAAGCAAAGUAGGGGGGACGUCUGGCCCCCUCCUGAUCCACUUCAACCCUCGGAGUCCUGGCAGAGAGAUGGAAGGACAAGUGGAGGUAGGAGGCGUCCAAGUCAAGGUGCCAACUCACCAGGGCCCGGUCCACACCACAGAACAGGACACCAGUCCCUGGCAACGAGGUAUAGGGUCACCUGGCUCACUAGAGAGAGGCCCCAGCAGCCGGCGGUGGAAGGUUUCUAGCUCAGGAGCUAGAAACCGCCACUUCCCGAAGUUGGACUCCCUGCGCCUGGGCACUGUGGUGAGUGUGUGGGAUGCUGUGGAUGCAGCCUGCAGCCUCUCCACAGGCUCUCAGAGGCCCCCUAUCCCCCAGGAGCUGCCUCCAUCACACACCACGCAGACUAGGCCCCUGGCUGAGGGCACAGAGAAGGGAGUUAGCCAGGGUCCUGCGGAGGAUGAAACUCUCAGGCCAGUGCAAGCCCCAGCGGCAGCCCCAGCCCCAGCCCCGUUCCCUUCCUUAGCCUCAGCCCCAACCCCAGCCCCAGCCCCAGCCCUAGUGUCAGCCCCAACCCCAGCCUCAGCUGCAGCCGAAGCCCCGGUCGCUGCCCCCAGUAGUGGGUCAAGGCCUGCGGCACAGGACCAUAGUGCGGCUCUCCGCAAGGACAAGCAGGAGGGGCAAAUCCCAACCAGCUGGGAAAAUCUUAUUUCCAUGGUUCUUAGGAGUCACCCUUUCCCCAGGCAAGAGAGACCCCAGGGGAGAGCCCCAAGGGCAGCUCCCGAGAGCCCUAGAGAUCCCAGCACCGGUGCACCCUCUGAGAACAGAGAGUCUGGUUCUGCCCCUGAAGGGGCCGCCCCCAGCCUGGAGGUCAGGAAUGGCUCCUCAGGGCCAGACACAGAGGCUGGACGUCGGCAACAGCAGAGCCGCUUGGAGACCAAGGAGGCUCCCACCCCAGAGCCUCCCUCAGGUCCGAGAGGAGAGGCAGUCGAGGAGAAGCGUGCAGAAGACCCUCUGUUGCCCGGAGCUGCAAUGCCCGGGGCCCCAUCACCGCGCCCUGAGCAGAGGCAGCCUGGCCCCCAAUCGUCCCCCACUGGCAGGGGCGCCUCACAGCCGGUCCCGCCACCGCGGAAACGCAGCGCGGGUGAAAGAGCAGAGAGCUCCGAGCGCGGUGUCCGCCAGGCUGUGCCGGCGAGGCGCCAGGGAGAGGCUCCAGGGGAGAAGCCCCGCCCUGCAGGCAGCGGUAUAGUAGUCCCAGGAAAGCAGGAAGAGGCCCGCAAGCUCAUGGUGCUUCUGCAGAGGCCGGGGAGCGGGGGGGAGGUGGAGGGGCCCCGGAAGCCCAGCUCCCUAGCCCGCGAGCCGGCUUCGGCAGCAGCUCUACGACAACGCCUGGACCUGGGCAACUGCCUGGACGUCCUGGCCUUCGCCCAGCGGCACGCGGAGCCCGGCCUGCUGCAGGAGACAUAUUCCUUGAUGAGCGACAAUCUGCUGCACGUGCUGGGAGACCCGAACCUCUACCGGCAGCUGAGCGGGGCGGACCGAGAGCGCAUCCUGAGCCUUCGGACUGGCCGGGGCCAGGCGGUGCUGGGGGUCCUUGUGCUGCCCAGCCUCUACCGGGUGAGCCGCUCAGGGGUCACCAGGGGCCCUUGUGGGGAGGCGGUUCCUACUCCGGGGCCUGCACCCCUGCCUUCCCGCACGCACCUGCACGUGUUCAACCCCCGAGAAAACACCUGGCGGCCCCUGACUCAGGUGCCGGAGGAGGCCCCGCUGCGGGGCUGUGGCCUCUGCACCAUGCACAACUACCUGUUCCUGGCGGGGGGCAUCCGUGGCUCCGGGGCCAAGGCCGUCUGCUCCAACGAGGUCUUCUGCUACAACCCACUGACCAACAUCUGGAGCCAGGUGAGGCCCAUGCAGCAGGCCCGUGCCCAGCUCAAGCUGGUGGCUCUGGACGGGCUGCUUUACGCCAUCGGUGGCGAGUGCUUGUACAGCAUGGAGCGUUACGAUCCGCGCACGGACGCCUGGACCUCACGCGCGCCCCUCCCUGCGGGCACCUUCCCUGUGGCCCAUGAGGCUGUGGCCUGCCGUGGGGACAUCUACGUCACCGGGGGCCACCUCUUCUACCGCUUGCUGAGGUACAGCCCUGGGAAGGAUGCGUGGGAUGAGUGCCCCUACAGCGCCAGCCACCGGCGUUCCAGCGACAUGGUGGCGUUGGGAGCCUUCCUCUACCGCUUCGACCUGCUGCGGGGCGUGGGCGCUGCGGUGAUGCGCUACAACACCGUGACCGGCUCCUGGAGCCGGGCGGCCUCCUUGCCGCUGCCCGACCCGGCCCCACUCCACUGCACCGCGCUGGGCAACACCAUUUACUGCCUCAACCACCAGGUCACGGCCACCUUUACGGUCUCCGAGGGGACUGCCCAGUUCCAGGCCAGGGAGCUGCAGCCCUUUGCUCUGGGGAAUAAAGGGGUCCUCUCUCCAUUCAUCCUGACUCUGCCUGCCACCGAUCCACUGCAGACUGCCCUCUGA